AUGGCGCUAAGCAAUGCUUUUGCGCAGGUGGACGUUAUGGAGAUCAGUGCGAGAAAGAAAGCCUCAGCUAUCAAGUACAGCUCUGAGUUUGACGAAUCACUCUACAAUAUGAAAGAAGUGGAAAAUAACAAAAUAUUCUGGCGAAUUCUCAACGACGAAAUCGAAGUGGUUCUACGGUAUCCCGGCGAGUCAUGGGCGGCUAUUGGAUGGAAGCCACAGGAUGCACAAUGUUCUCAAAUUGCCGACCAAUUUAAGCAACCGUCAAGUGAGUUCGAUGCUGCGUUCCCAACCGUAUUCUACAGUAUCGACAAGUACCCAUACCCUGCACAAGGUCGAGAUAAAGCCACCCGAAGCGCGUCCCGUAACGACGACUACUGGGACUACGACUCGAAUCACGACCAGGCCGAAGGCUUUGUGCGAAUGACUAACGACGAGGAGGCUUGCGUACCAUUUGAUUUCUGCGACAAGGAGGCCGAGCCGUCGUGCCCCACAAAUUCGACGUGGGCAAAAUGUGGAACGGCAUGUGAGCCCAGCUGCGCAAACAUGUACGAUACGGCUCCUUGCCCAGCAACGUGUGAAAAAUCUGCAUGCACAUGUGCCGACAACUACGUGCGUUAUGAAGGGGCGUGCAUCUAUUGGGGAGAUUGCCCUGAUAUCGACAGCCAUUUCCACAGCGAUUCCUCAUCGAACCAUACCACCGAGAUCAUGCAUGUGCCAUCCGUUUCUGACCCGAAUAGCCUCAACGACGACAUCGACGACGUCCAGCACGGAAGGCCUGAGAUGCGCCGUGAAUGA